CUGAGCCCGUCCGGCGUCCUGCUUGGAAAAAAUGUCGGAAAUGUCUGCUAUGAACAGAAAGGUGAUACGUAGUCUUGCUGAAACUAUCUCCAAACAAGUGGAGCACUUUGAUCAAACAGAAGUUGAGUGCCUUAUCCGAGAGUUCAACAUGCUGCUGGGGCCGCCCAGCAGCCCUGGCAGAGCAGCACAGGGCCUGGACAGAAUCAGUUUCAGGAGCAUACUGCACCGCAUGUUUGACAUCACCGACGACCUACUCAUGGAUGAAGUCUUCAGGGCCUUUGACAAAGACAAUGAUGACAUUGUCAGUAUGAAAGAGUGGAUCGAGGGACUGUCUGUUUUUCUUCGGGGGACCUUGGAUGAAAAAAUGAAAUACUGCUUUCACGUGUAUGACUCGAAUGGUGACGGCUUCAUCUCCAGAGAGGAGAUGUGGCGGUGGCUGAAGGACGGCUUCGUCAGACUGCCCCCAGAGGAGGACCCUGAUGAAGCAGUCAAAGACCUGGUGGAGAUCACACUCAAGAAGAUGGACCAUGAUCAUGAUGGCAAAGUGUCUUUUAAAGACUUUGAAAAGACAGUGAGAGAGGAGAACCUCUAUCUUGAAGCCUUUGGAACCUGUCUUCCUGACUCCAUGAGUAUUGAGGCAUUUGAGCAGCGUGUAUUUCAAGAACAGAUGAAACAAUGAAGAAACCAUACUAAUGUGCAUUUUUUACCUCACUGUCUUUAAUUUAAAAAAAAA